CUGGGCACUCGAGAGCCAGGACGCCUGCAUCUGCCUGCUGCCUGCCUCUGCCUGCUGCCUGCUCCUUCUGGAAGGACUCAGUUAGGUUCCGAAUCAGGGUGUUUCCAUUCCAUUUCUCCAGACUCUGCUGGUCCAGCAAAGUGAGGUGCUCCAGACGCAUCCAUCCAUCGCAAUGAGGCCCCCUGUCCUGGUCGCUGUGCUCCUCUGGCUCCCAGGCCUCUGGGCUGAGGAUGACGAGUGCCACUCCCAGGCAGAGAGUCCAGGCGGGCAGAGUGGAGGACCACCUCUGAGCGUGAGCGUAGGCAGCAGGGGGAGGGCUGCCAGCCUGGCCGUGAGCUGGGCAGCCGGGGGGCCAGGCAGGCCCAGCCACCUCCUCCGCCUCAGCCGGCUCGGCCCCUUUGGCGCCCCUGAAGGGCAGCAGCUCCAGGCCCACACCAACGCAUCCAGCUUCGAGUUCCAGGACCUGGUGCCAGGAAGCCACUACCGGCUGGAAGUGACGGUCCUGCACCCAUGUGGGCAGAAUGCCACCACUGUCCUCACUGCUCACACGGCCCCCGCGACUGUCCAGGACCUGCAGCUGCAGAGUUUUGGGAGCCCGACCAGCCUGCAGGCCUGGUGGGGCGCUGCCCCUGGCGGGCAGGACAGCUACCAGCUUCUCCUCUACAAAGUGGAGCCCCAGAUGGUGGCCCACAACAUCUCCAUGUCCCCAGGCACUCUGUGCUACAACUUUAGCGACCUCUCACCAGGCAGCGAGUAUGCUCUGGAGGUUACCACUUGGGCUGCCACCCUCCAUGCGAAGACCAACACCCACCAGUGGACAGCUCCCGUGGCUCCGGGUCAGCUGGGGUUGCAUGCCUUGGGCACCAGUGCCCUGCAGGCCUCCUGGAACGGCUCUGGGGGGGCCGCCUGGCUGCACCUCGUGCUCACAGACCUCCGCGGCCCCAACCUGACGGCAGAAGUCAGACGGGGUGUCUCUAAUCAUACCUUCCGUCAUCUGUCUCCGGGAACCGCCUACAGGCUGACCCUCAGUGCCAUGGCCGGGCCCCACUGGGCAGCCGGGCCCAACACCAUUGAAUGGACCCACCCCUCAGCCCCCCUGGACCUGGUGCUCACUCCCCAGCCCCCAGGGCUCAGUGCCCACUGGAGGGCAGGGCCCGGGGCCCAGGACGGCUACCUGCUCAGGCUGAGUGGGCUGGUGGAGACCAUCUCUCUGGGCCCUGGGGCCCUGAAUGCCACGUUCCCAGGGCCCCUGCCUGCCGGACACUACACUCUGCAGCUGAGGGUCCUGGCUGGGCCCUAUGAUGCCUGGGCCCAGGCCAGUGCCUGGCUGGAUGCUGCAGCCGAGCACAGACGAGGCAAUGGCACUGAGCUCCCCCUGGAUGUGCUGGAGGCCACCAGGGAGCCUGGGGACCAGGCACUACUCUACCCUGAGGGAUCCCCAGGCCUCCCCGGGAACACUUCCGUGCCACCUGCUGCCACUCAGGUCCCACUUGGUGGGCACGGGGCCCUCUACCAGGUGGAUGCUGUCUCUUCUCUGCAAAAUACCACCCAGAACCUUGCAAGCCACACAGGGCCCCUGGCACCACAGUCUCUGGAGGUCAUUGGCAGGGGCAGUCCCUAUGACCUGUCCAUUGGCUGGGCCCCGGCACCAGGGCAGCGAGAAGGCUACAGGGUCAGCUGGCACCAGGAGGGCAGCCAGAGCCCACUGGGCGGUCUUGUUGACUUGGGCCCAGAUAACUCCAGCCUGACACUCAGGGGUCUGGUGCCCGGCUCCUGCUACACCGUGUCAUUGUGGACCUGGGCCGGGAACCUCAGCUCCAGCAUCCAGAGGGCCAGAGCCUGCACUCUCCCUGUGCCUCCUGCCAACCUGAGCCUCGGCCUUGGGGCCCAGCCUCCUGCCCUGCGGGCUUCCUGGAGUCCGCCAGCGGGGGACUGGGAUGGCUUCCUUCUGAGGCUUUACCGCCUGAGGCCCCCGGCUCUGGAAGGAGAGGAGACUCUGGCCCCUGAGGCUCAGAACUUCUCCUGGGACCAGCUGGCUCCGGGCACGGAGUUCCUGGCAUGGCUGGCCACCCUGCGGGGGCCAGAUGAGAGCAGCGCUGUCAACGCCACAGGCUGGACGCCCCCCGUCGCCCCUCCCCUGGUAAAUGUGACCAGCGAAGGCCCCACCCAGCUCCGGGCAUCCUGGGUCCACGCGCCUGGGGGCCGGGAUGGCUACCAAGUGACCCUGUACCAGGCAGGCGUCCGGGUGGGCUCCAGCCCUGUAGGGGCCCAGGUGGACGGCGCCAGCUUCUCAGCUCUGACUCCAGGCACCAAGUACGAGGUAGAGGUGGUUGCACAGGCUGGGCCUCUCUGUGCUGCGGCGGCCAACGCCUCUGGCUGGACCUCCCCACAUGUGCCCAUCGAGCUGCUGGUAUCGAUGCAAGUGCACAGUGCCGUGGUCAGCCUGGCCUGGGCCAGCCCCCUGGGGCACGGCGUGUGUCACGCGCUGCUCUUGGAGGCUGGGCCCCUCUCCAAGGAACAUCCCCUGGUGCUGGGUCAAUCCCACCUCGUGCUGAGGAACCUCACGCCUGGACGCAACCUCUCCCUGUCGGUGCUGUGCCAGGCAGGGCCGCUCCAGGCCACCACGCACCCGGUGGUGCUACCCGUGGAGCCUGACCCCGUGGAGGACGUACAGUGCCAGCCCGAGGCCACCCGCCUGGCCCUGGCCUGGACGGUGCCCGCGGGGGACGUGGGCACCUGUCUGGUGGUAGCGGAGCAGCUGGCGGCAGGAGGGGACACCCACCUGGUCUUCCAGGCCAAGACCUCAAGGGGCAGUGUCUUGUUGUCUAGCCUGGCCCCUGCCACAUCCUAUCGCCUCAGCCUCUCGGUGCUUGGCAGGAACGGCCUGUGGAGCCGAGCGGUCACCCUGGUGUGUGCCACUUCUGCCCAGGCCUGGCACCCCCUAGAGCUGGCCACAGCCCCCCACCUAGAGCCCAAGACGGGGAUGGGGGUGAUAAUCACCCCGGGCAUGUUUGGCAAGGACGAUGGGCAGAUCCAGUGGUACGGUGUCAUCGCCACCACCAACAUGUCAUUGGUCCUGCCUCCCCGGGAAGCCGUCAACCACACGUGGUACGACCACUACUACGGAGGACACGACUCCUACCUGGCCGUCCUGCUCCCCAACCCCUUCUACCCCGGGCCCUGGGCUGUGCCGACAUCCUGGAUGGUGCCUAUGGGGACGGAGGUCUGCGGUCACACCCGGGACAUAUGCAACGGGCAGCUCAAGCCAGGGUCCCAGUAUCGGUUCAGUGUCGUGGCCUUUACCAGGUAUAGCGCCCCCGAGACCCUCAUCUCCUUCUCGGCCUUCUCGGAGCCGCGGGCCAGCGUGUCCUGGGCAGCAGCGCCUGUCCCUGCAGUGGUGAGCGUGGUGGCUGGCUGCGUCCUAUCCGUGGGUGCCGCGCUGGGCCUGCUGUACUGGAGGCGGGUGAAGGGGCAGAGGGCAGACGAGACCCUCUACUCUCAGGAGCUGACCGUGCCCAAGCUGCGGCGGACCCACCGGCCCAUUCCCGUCCACAGCUUCAGGCAGAGCUAUGAAGCCAAGCGCGCCCACAUGCACCAGGCUUUCUUUCAGGAGUUUGAGGAGCUGAAGGAGGUGGGCAAAGAGCAGCCCAGGCUGGAGGCCGAGCACCCUGCCAACACCGCCAAGAACCGCUACCCACACGUGCUGCCCUAUGACCACUCCCGGGUCAGGCUGACCCUGCUGGAUGGAGAGCCCCACUCCGAUUACAUCAAUGCCAGCUUCAUCCCGGGCUACACCCACCCGCAGGAGUUCAUCGCCACCCAGGGGCCUCUCAAGAAGACCCUGGGGGACUUCUGGCGGCUGGUGUGGGAGCAGCAGGUCCGGGUCAUUGUCAUGCUGACCGUGGGCAUGGAGAAUGGGCGGGUGCUGUGUGAGCACUACUGGCCAGCCAACCCCACCCCUGUCACCCACGGCCACAUCACUGUCCACCUCCUGGCUGAGGAGCCUGAGGAAGAGUGGACCAAGCGGGAAUUCCAGCUGCAGCAUGCUGCCCAGCCCCCACCAAGGAGGGUGAAGCAGCUGCAGUUCACCACCUGGCCCGACCACAGCGUCCCUGAGGCCCCCAGCUCCCUGUUGGCCUUCGUGGAGCUGGUUCGGGAGCAGGCGAGGGAAGCCCAGCGCACUGGGCCCAUCCUGGUGCACUGCAGUGCGGGUGUGGGCCGCUCGGGCACCUUUGUGGCCCUGUCCAGGCUGCUGCAGCAGCUGGAGGAGGAGCAUACGGUAGACGUGUUCCACACGGUGUACACGCUGCGGCUGCACCGGCCCCUCAUGAUCCAGACCCCAAGCCAGUACGUCUUCCUGCAUAGCUGCCUCCUGAGCAGGAUCCUGGAAGGGCCGCCCAGCUCCUCUGAGGCCACGGAGGCCAGACGCGGGAGCUGGGGAGCCUCGAGUGCCCCCCGUGCUACCCAGGCUCCCCCGAGGCCGCAGCCCAUCCCUGUGAGGGACUUGGCCCAGGCGUGCGCUGAGCGGGCAGCCGACGCAGAUGCUGGCUUCCUGGGGGAGUACGAGCUCCUGCUCCAGGCCCUCAAAGACCAGGCUGGCUCUAUGACGCCCCCUCCCGGCUGUGAGCAGGAUGGUGCCACCUCUGAUGGCUAUUGCCAUGAGGGGUCUGCUCCGGUGGAGGAGGGCAUCCCUGGCGAGAUGCCUGAAGCCUGGCUCUUCCCGGGCGGGCCCUCUGGCCGUGACCACGUGGUGCUGACCGGCCCUGCAGGGCCCGCGGAGCUCUGGGGGCUGGUAUGGGAGCACGGGGCCCGCGUGCUCGUCUCCCUGUGCCCACCCGGCCUCCAGGAGAAGGAGUUCUGGCCCACAGGGACACAGCCCAUUGUCACAGAUGGGGUGACUGUGCACUGGGUGGCCGAGAACAGUGCUGCAGGCUGGCCCUGCACCCUCUUCAGUGUCACACACAGGGGGAGCGGGACAGAGAGGCCAGUGCAGCGGCUGCAGUUUCCACACUGGGAGCCAGGGCAGGAGCUGCCCGCCACGACCCUGCUGCCCUUCCUGGCUGCCGUGGGCAAGUGCUGUUCCCAGGACACGGAGAAGCCAGGCACGCUGCUCAGCCACUCCAGCAAGGGUGCGGCCCCACUGGGCACCUUCCUGGCUGUGGACCGGCUGCUGCAGCAGGCAGGGGCCGAGGGCACCGUGGACGUCUUCACUGUGGCCUUGCAGCAAUCACAGGCCUGUGGCCUCCUGACCCCAACCUUGGAGCAGUACACACACCUCUACAGCUGUCUGAACAGCGCGCUGGAGGGCGGGCUGCCCUGAGUCAGCACUGGUCACUGUCGCUCAGAGGCCGCGCUCGCUUCCUGAGGGGCAGCCUGCAUGCCGCCUGGGCUGUGAAGGGCUGAGUGGGGAAUAAAAGAUGCGCUCAAGCUUGA